UGACAUUGGUAGUAGUAGAAGUACUUAGGUACCUCUUAAAGAUUAAAGAUGUGGAAUUGAUGUGGAAUUGACGCACUGUGAGUGGUUCCUGAGGGGUGGGUGGGAUUUAGCUCCCCGAUAAGCCGUUAUCGCUUUCCAAUUGCCCCGAAAAAUUCUUAGCUUUCAUCGAUAUCGAGGAAAGAGAAAAUAAAAUAUUGAACGCUACCGUCCACAAUCGAACGGCAGCUUAUCUUUGACCUUGUGCCCUUUCUUUUUUCUUCUUUCGUUGCGGUCCUUCUUCUUCAAACACCUUCGUUUCUGCAUUCGUUUGCGUGUUAGGAAUUAUGAGGGUGCAGCGUGCCGUAGCUGUCCUCAAUGACAGCCGGAUCUUAGGGUCGAGAUGCAGUGCUCGAUUUCUCAGUGUGGGCUCCAGAGUCCCGGGAUCUCGUUCUCCUGCCCAGUUGAUCGCUGCUCCGUUACGUGUAGAGGGAAGAAGAUACUUCAACCUCACAAAGCCGAGAUUUGCCGCAGUCGGUUCCGCCGCCGCCACCGCAGCUCUGAAGAAAGCUGCCGAGGAGGCCGCGAGCCUCACACCUGAAGCAGUCUUCGCCAAGAUGAGCACAGAAGAGAAGAAGCGAUUAUCCAGAGUGCGCAACAUUGGUAUCGCUGCACACAUUGACAGUGGAAAAACCACAGCUACUGAACGUGUACUGUUCUAUACCGGACGAAUCAAGGCUAUUCACGAAGUACGAGGCAGAGAUGGCGCCGGCGCCAAGAUGGACUCUAUGGAGCUUGAACGAGAGAAGGGAAUUACCAUCCAGUCCGCUGCCACGUUCUGUGACUGGAAGAAGGUAGAGGAUGGUCAAGAAAAUACCUACCAUAUCAACUUGAUUGAUACCCCAGGACAUAUCGACUUUACUAUCGAGGUCGAACGUGCCCUGAGAGUUUUGGAUGGAGCCGUCAUGAUUCUUUGCGCUGUCAGCGGCGUUCAGUCCCAGACAAUUACCGUAGACAGACAGAUGAAGCGAUACAACAUUCCUCGAAUCAGUUUCGUGAACAAGAUGGACCGAAUGGGCGCCAAUCCCUGGAAGGCUGUUGAACAGAUCAACUCCAAAUUAAAGAUCCCGGCCGCUGCUAUCCAAAUACCGAUUGGUACCGAGGACCAGUUCAAGGGUGUUGUUGACCUGAUCGGUAUGAAGGCCAUCUACAGCGAAGGCCCUAGGGGAACAAUUGUUCGAACCGGCCCCGUCCCCGAAGACUUAAAGGAAUUUGCGGAACAAAAGCGCCAGGAACUUAUCGAGAAAUUGGCAGAUGUCGAUGACGAGAUCGCCGAAAUUUUCUUAGAAGAAAGCACCCCAUCCAACGAACAAAUCAUGGCCGCUAUCCGGAGAUCAACGAUUAACUUGAAAUUCACUCCGGUUAUGAUGGGUUCUGCUUUAGCCGACAAAUCUAUCCAACCCCUUCUUGAUGCUGUUUGUGACUACCUGCCCAACCCUGCCGACGUCAAUAAUGUGGCAUUGGAUCGCUCCAAGAACGAGGCCGAAACCCAGCUGGUCCCUUAUAACUCACUGCCGUUCGUUGGACUGGCAUUCAAGCUCGAAGAGAACAAUUACGGCCAGCUUACAUACAUCCGAGUUUACCAGGGUACCCUGAAGAAGGGUACUUACCUUUUCAACUCGCGAACCGAUAAGAAGGUCAGAAUUCCCCGAAUCGUACGAAUGCAUUCCAACGAAAUGGAGGAUGUCAAUGAGAUCGGAGCUGGUGAGAUUUGCGCUGUGUUCGGUGUCGAAUGCGCGUCAGGCGAUACUUUCACCGACGGAAACUUGCCGUAUACUAUGUCUUCUAUGUUCGUACCUGAUGCAGUUAUGUCGCUUUCUAUUAAGCCCAAGCGAAGUACGGAUGCCGACAACUUCAGUAAAGCGAUGAACCGAUUCCAACGUGAAGAUCCUACCUUUAGAUUGUUCGUUGACGAGGAAAGUGAGGAGACCAUCAUCUCGGGUAUGGGUGAAUUACACUUGGAAAUUUACAUCGAGCGUCUGCGACGAGAAUAUAAGGUCGAGUGUAUCACUGGCCAACCCCGAGUAGCCUACCGUGAGACUAUCAGCAACAAGGCUGAUUUCGACUAUCUCCUAAAGAGGCAAACCGGUGGACCUGGUGACUUUGCUCGUGUGGGUGGAUGGAUCGAACCAAAUGACGAGCCAGAGAAGAACAGCUUCUCCAACCAGGUUGUGGGCGGUACUAUUCCCGACAAGUUCAUCUCUGCCUGUGCUAAGGGUUUCGAAAUUGCUUGUGAGAAGGGCCCGCUGCUAGGUCACAAGGUUAUUGGAGCCCGCAUGGUGGUAAAUGACGGUGCAACGCACGUCACGGACUCUUCCGAUUUCGCUUUCAGUUUGGCAGCGCAGAUGGCGUUCCGCAAGACCUUCCCCGAGGCUGGUGGCCAAGUGCUGGAGCCGUUGAUGAAGACCACCAUCAUGGCACCCAACGAGUUCCAGGGCAACGUUCUCAUGUUAAUGAACAAGCGCAACGCGACCAUUAUCGACACAGAGAUUGGCAGCGAGGACUUCACACUGAUUGCCGACUGCAGUUUGAACGCUAUGUUCGGCUUCAGCACACAGCUAAGAGCGGCUACCCAAGGAAAGGGAGAGUUCAGUAUGGAAUUCUCGCAUUACGCGCCUGCGCCGCCGCAUCUACAGAGAGAGUUGGUUGCCAAGUACGAGAAGGAGCUUGAGGCUAAGAGGACCAAGUAAAGUCAUUUACCUCUAAUGGAGUCCUAUCUUGGGGCUCCGGGUGGUCAUGAAAAAGGUUUUGGGCACCACAGCCU